AUGUUUGAACCACAAGGCUAUCUCUGUGCUCAUUGCGACCGCUCUGUUAGAAGGCUAUUGGGCCCUAGAACUUUCAUGUCGAUUGUAGAGAUGGCUUUGUUACAGUCCGAGCAAUGUGAUAGGAUAUUGUCUCUGCUCCACGAAACUCCAGGAGCUUUUAAGUACGAUGACCUAGAAGUCCCGUAA